AUGGUAGGCAUUCCAUUGUCGUGGUAUUUCCUUCCCAUCCAUGGUGUCCAGCGUGUAGCUUCCUCUGCCCCCGGACUCGCUGAUCAGAUAAGGGCCUUCCCAAUUGGUAGGACUUCAACCGCUAUUGAUAGGAGGCGACUCGGACAAUGGCAUUCUCGCGCUCGCCUUCAAGUAAGUCAAGGUUGA